AGGCCAUCGAGAGUCCUGAAUUUGUCGAGCAAUUGACUUCCUUUGUCAGAGCCAGUAUGCAGCCGCAAACAAGCCCCAAAAAGGCCCUGAUGGUCGCAAAGUUGAUGGUGCAGAUGCUAAAAAGCUGUCCGGGCCCAGACAAUUCUUGCACUUCCUUGGUGCAGCAGUAUCUCGAAUAUCUGGAGAAACACCACGACACAGCUUACCGCUAUUUGAAUAGCUUUUUCCAAGGUUACAAUCUGUCAACCAUGCAGAAAGACUACGCUAUGCCUGCGCAGGAGCAGACGGGCCGUGUGUCGAGAAACAUUAUCAAGGUAUCGAGACUCAAGAAAAUUGUCUGGCUGGCGCACCAGAUUACCGUGGUUUUUUCCCCCGUGAGCGAGACUUUUUUGCAAGGUUUCAAGAGCCUGCUGAAUCUGUCCUCGGUGGCCACGUCCACGACGAACGUUUCGAUCGCGUUCGAGCUCACGGUGUCUCUAUUUGACGGCCUCUCUCUGAGCACGUAUAGAACCCAGCAUAUAUGGAGACACUUCAUCGUGUCGAAGCUGCCGGAGGUGUUCAAGCUGCUGACCAUCAGCCAGCAGAACCUCAAGGAUACUCUGACGAACGCAUUUGAGACGAUUAAAGAUCAUGACGAACUCAAACAGAAGCUGAUGACGAUUUUGGCCGAGUGCGAGCUCGUGGCUGGUGUGGAGGAUGUGCUGCCCGCACAGGAUGAUCUGUUGCGGUUCCAAGAGGUGUUUGAGGACGCAAAUCCGGAGUUUGUGUCGCUGGAAGAGUCCGGAGCGUGCGAGCUUGUCAACUCCGUGAGCACGCUGGCUAGUGGGCGGCGGCUAGCGCAGCUUGUCACGGACGCUGUCACCCGUUUUGUCCAUGAGGAUGACCACGCGCGGUUGAAGCGGCUACUGUUGGCACUUACAAGCGUGCCGCACGUACUAGACGUCGUGGUGCUGCACAAAAACCCAUACAGCUUCCUGCAACCCCUGGUAACUUACCUCGACGCGUCGAUCGACCGCGGGUUUGCCCAAGACGCCAUGGACGUCGACGGCGACUCGUCCAACCUACAGGACAUGCAUGCGAACUUGGGCGCCCUACUGCUGUUUGUGGCGUACUGCGGUUUCCGGUAUUCGCUGGAUCUCAAGCGUGAGCACGCCGGCUCUGAGGCCGUCAGGAUAAUGGCAGACUGGGACCCUUUGCUGGAUACGACGCUCAUGGAGCAAUUGCAGGACCCGCAGUCGAGCAUCAACGCGGUCAUGGGCGACUGGAUAGCCUCGCUGUUCGACACCAACAACACAGACGGUGUUUCCGACGAGCUGCUCAAAAAAUCAGCCUCGGUGCGCGAGUACUACGUCGCGAUACCGUGCGUGGUGGGGCAGGCUGUGCGUGCGUGCCAAUUGGGGAUGAUUCAAUUUGACGACCUUGUCAGUGGUCUUGAAUACUGCCACCAGCCGUUCUUGCUGCCAACUUUCUUGAACGUUCUACGGCACCUGACUGCGCUCAUGUCGACUGAGGCAAGUCUCGAAGGGUCGGUAUUUGAGCAGGUGUUGGAGAAGCUUAUAGGAGCCGAGCUGGCGGGAGAGCUGCGCGUGCUGCACGGGAUGGCAUUGGAGAUGUCGAACGACGACCUGUUUAAUUGCGGCAUCAGGGCGUCUCCGGUCCAGCCGCCAGCACCGGCGACCAGACUCGACGCCCUGAUUGCGUUCGUGAUCGAUUCCGACGCCUCGCAGACAUUCGAGCUUGUCGAGGUGUACAAGAAUGCUGCUGGACAGCAGCUGGACUUUUUCUACCAUGAGCUAGGCCGCUUGCUGCAGGAACAGGCACAGUACCAGCCAUCAUUAUUUGAGCCGUUGAGCUACGAGCUGGUGGCCACGUUGAUGAUCAACUAUGCUUCGUGGUGCGCCCCGGAAACGCUUCAGAAGUGGAUGGUGGCGUCCACAGAUGUAUCUGCCAUCUACAAUCGCACGGGUCGCGCAAAAGUCAGAAUUGAUCAGUAUCCAGCAGAAGACGAGAUGAACGAUGCGAAUGACUCGAACGAUAAACUCGGCGACAUGGCGUUUGACGCAAACCUGUUUGGGUUUAUCGAAGAAGCAAAAUUGGACGAGCCUGAACCUCAGGAACAGCUUGAACAACACGGCCCGGACCUUUUCCAGGCCAACAUAGCGGUCAUUGCGCAGGAGUCCAGCACGCUCGUUGCAACAGUGCUGAAAAACCUGGCUGUGCGGUACACGCACGACCGGGAAUAAAUAGGCUAGCGAAAAGAGAUAAAA